CCCAGCAGUGACACCCGCAAGUUCCGCCCACCUGUGCCCAGCAGUAUCACCCACCUGUGCCCAGCAGUGCACCCACCUGUGCCCAGCAGUGCAUCCACCUGUGCCACUCUGCAGUGUCACACACCUGUGCCCAGAAGUGCCACCUACCUGUGCCCAGCAGUGCCACCCACCUGUGCCCACCCACCUGUGCCCACCAGUGCCACUCACCUGUGCCCACCAGUGCCACCCACCUGUGCCCACCCACCAGUGCUGCCCACCAGUGCCACCCAUCAGUGCAGCCUAGCAGUGCUGCCAGUCAGUGCCACCAGUCAGUGCCCAGCGGUUGUGCCAGUCAGUGCC